CGGUGCGGCGGUUCAGAAAGCUAGAAGAGAAAGGCUCCGAGGCUCCUGGCCUCGCUCUGUCACAUGCAACCUCUGGACGACAGAGGACCAGGACAGGACGCCUAGAUAGCGGCUCGGUAGACUGAACAGGAACAUGGCGGCGGAGUAACAACAGCAACCCGCGCGCACCCAUGGCGUCCAUAGAUCAAAAGGACCGCACGACAUAACGGAGCAGCAUCACUUAACGGAGAGGUAAUGAGACGAGACCUGAAGGCUGCAGUUUGUUUCUAAGCAACACCAACACAGUAUGCACUGAAACCCACCAUGGGCUACAAGAUUCCUGGAGCAGCGAUGGACAGGGUCAGCCUCCUGUGGCGUCUGAGGCGUCGAGCUCGCCGUGGAGCCGUUUGCAUGACCUUAUUCUGCAUUUCCAUGGCUUUACUUUAUGCACUGUGUGCUGAAAACAGCGUGCCCGUCACAGACGCCAUCUUUGGUGUGAGGGCACGUACCAGGGCCCAGCCUCGUACACACUCUGUCAUCAAGGUGGUGAGAGGCGGAGCGAAAACCCCAAAUGUGGUCCCUCAGAAGCAUCCAAAUGACCCUCACCGCCCGAUCCCUGUGCUGUCAAACCACACCAAUGAAGACUUGGAAUCUCCUCCAAAACGAACAAGCGCAAAAGAAUCCUCUGGCUUUUUCGCCCGCUUGUUGCCACGGCCUUUAACACGAGUGCUGGCGGGCCUAUUCAGCGGACGGCGUAAAGGGGAGCUAAGCGGCAAGUCAGGGGAUGCAGAGUUCUUCGGACCUAAAGGACUAUUAGGAGAAGUGUGGAAUGAGGAGAUGUCCAGCAGCAUGCUUGGAGGCAGGCUGCAGAAGGUGGUGCAAAACUAUCAGGCAAUGAAUAAAUAUGGUGUCAAGGUGUCUGGUCCUGGUGGUACCUCCAAGCGGACAAAGCUGAGUGGCCAUGAGCUGCUCUGUCAGCUAAAAGAGAAGGUACAACUUUCCACUUUGACUCCAGACUUUCAGCCUUUCUCUGCAAUGGCCUGGGCUUCCCUGCUGCUGCCACCACAACAGCUGUCCUCCGACCUCGGCCCGUACAAGAGCUGCGCCGUGGUGUCGUCUGCAGGGUCACUUCGCAACUCUGGACUGGGCAAAGAGAUUGACUCUCAUGAUGCUGUGAUACGCUUCAACGCUGCUCCCACCAGUGGCUUCGAGAAAGAUGUCGGCUCCAAAACAACCAUCCGUCUCAUUAACUCACAGGUGAUGGCGAAUGAGGACUUGCGCUUCCUUUCCAGUUCUUUGUACAGCUCAGGUGUUCUGGUGGCCUGGGACCCCUCCCCCUUUUCCUCUGACCUCAGCCAGUGGUACAACCACACAGACUACCCCAUAUUCAGCCAGUACCAGCGAUACAGAAGGCUUCACCCACAGCAGCCUUUCUACAUCCUGCAUCCUCGCUUUGAAUGGCAGCUGUGGCAGAGGAUUCAGGACAACAUGGCUGAACCCAUACAGAAAAACCCGCCCUCCUCUGGCUUGCUUGGCACAGUCCUGAUGAUGUCCCUGUGCGAAGUGGUGCAUGUCUACGAGUUCCUGCCAUCCCGCAGGAAGACGGAGCUCUGUCACUACUACCAGCGUUUCUACGACGCCGCCUGCACGCUCGGUGCUUAUCACCCACUCUUGUACGAGAAAAAUCUGGUCAAACGUAUGAACCAGGGCUCAGAUCAAGAUAUAUACGUCCAUGGACGCGUCACACUUCCUGGGUUCAGGUCCCUGAACUGUACCGCUGGAAUGGUGAGGGAGCGCUGAACGGACACGAUGCAAAGCUGGAACCUGAACCUGCAUGAUGAGUGAGGAGAGACGCAUGAAGCCCUUCCAUUUAAUGGUUUUCUUUAAAGAAUGUCAUUCAUUGAUCAGAAAUCACUAUAAAAAAGACUGUAGUGAAAUUUGCACAUGUAAUUGUGCAAGUUAUGUUAUAAAUCUGUAUCAAACAGUACAUUAACACUCUAUACAAUCAAGAUCUCAAAAUUUUAAAAAUACUUGAUAAUACUGAUAUUGGCUCAAGUAGCACGGAUAUUAAAUAACUUUAAAGAGCCAAACAAAAAAGAAUCGAUUAACUCUAAAAACAGGUUUUGCUUUUUAAAAUCAUUAGACCGUGUGUCCUUGAGACCAAAAUGACCCACAUUGUCAUAACUAAAUCUAUUACUACUGCAUAAAAAAAGAAAAAAAAAAAAACAUGAACUGUGAAGCCUUUUGUGUUUUAGUUUGCACUUCCCCCAAUACUUCAAGUGUGUAAAUAAAGUUUGUUUUUUUGAUAAAGCAAGGUAGAACAUUUUCAGAAUCAUAAGUGAUUAUUUAUAGACUUUAAAUGUUAAAAUCAACAAGAUAAUCCUUGAAUUGACUCCCUUCCUUUGCUGAUGUUAAAACCUAAUUUCCCGCAGUUUUCUGAUGCCAUGUUUGUUGAAAGGGUUAAUACUUUACGUUGUCCUAACCAUGAGACACAAACCCUGAUGGAAAUACAGAAAUUUGGGAUUUUCUUCUCCUAAACUAAAUCCUACUCACCAGACUAAACUGUGAGGUGCUGUUUACACCUAGGAAAGAUAAAUAUGUAAUUCAAAACUUUCACUUUUCUUUUUUAUCGACUAUGUUAAUAAUCAGGGCGCUUCUGGUUCAGCACCUUUUGGAUAAUGCUCUUCCAAUUUUCCUUCAAGGAUUGCUUUCUGUUUUCUGAUUGAUUAGCGUUCUUCUGCCGUCAAUUAACAGCAAAGGAAUGUUCUUCACUGCCAACAUCUGAUUCAGUGCCAUCAGUUGGUUCAAUUUACAGCCUUGACUUAACUUUGAGUGUGAUGUAAUCGUCUUGGGAUGGGACCAGCCAGCUUUUUCCUGUUUAAAAAUUCUUGGAUGACCAAGCUAGUAUUAUCAGCCCCUUAUGAUGGACAUGCUGCCAUCAGGGUGCUGCACAUCUCGCCCAAUACCUCGGAGUUCUGCACAUGCCAAUAAACCAGUAACCGUGACCAGUUGUUUGAGGUUCUUUGGAUUUAAAGUAGCUAAUGUUACCGUCGCUCAGUGAGUAGAGGCACAGUUGCACAGUUUGAGAGUUAUGGGUUCAAUUCCAACUUCCACAUUGCAUAUUGAUGUAAACUGCAAAGAUCAAAGAUAAUGAUCUGCAUAUUGAUGUAUGUAAAUGGGUAGGUGUCUAGUAUAAAGCGCAUUGUGUGGUCAUUAUGACUAGAAAAGCGCUAUGUAAACCUCAUCCAUUUAUAAUAUCAACAAAUCUAAGAUUGAAUUGUUUUGGAGAACUAUACACAACUAAUCAAUAUCAGCUGCAAAAUCUGAUGUUAUCUUUCGGCUCAUUGAUCCCUAUUCUACCAUCUCAUGACUGCUGGUAGAAGAUCAGAAACUAUUUUAGUUCAGUUUUGUUCUCAGUCCUCUGCAUCAUGGUAGCAUUCAAAACCUAUGGCAGAAACACCCAAAAAUCUCAAUCUACGCAAAUCUCUUCUGGCAUCUAAAUCGUGUUUCUUUGGUUAUAUUUGUGUCUGAAACUGUGUCUGUUUGAGGUGGUGAGGCUGGUUAAGAAGCCAAAAAACUCCAACACUAUGCAUGUCAACAUAUAUGUAAAAUGUACCAAUGUUCUUCUUUUGUCCUGUAUCAAACUGCUUGGUGGCAUUCUCAAGUAUUUACACAGCAAAUAUCACUGCAACACACAGGAGGAUACUCUCUCUAUGUCUUUGCUAUUCAUAUCUAAAUAAUACAAAUUUCCAAAGGGUUUAUGUAACUUUUUACAGAAACUGUGCUUAAAGUUGUAAGCACUGUGCAACUAAAAUGUAGAGCGAUGAACUCCCUGUGGUGUCCACAGUGAUUUUUGGUUUGGUCUCAAUGCACUGUUUGGCUUAGUGCAGCUAUUAAUACUGAAUUGAACUACUAAAGAAUCUAUUGUAGCACUGGAUUCUGUAUUUUGUACUUUCUUUAGCUAUAUAAGUUUUUUGGCCAUCCAUUGGAAAAAAAAACAUGUCAAAAUUCUUUAUUUACACUCAGAAUUUUCCAAUCUGCAAGUUUAUUGUAUUGUCCUUGGUAAAGAAAAUAAUCUUUUUGUUGAAGUUCCAUUUACUCAUACUCUGAACAAAUUGUGCUUUCAUAGGGCCUGGUGUUGUGUUUUCAUAGUGAGUGGUAUGAUCACUUUA